AUGCUUCAGAUAGUGCAGCAGCUACAUCUGAAAAAAACCUUCGCCAGUAUGGAAAGUGUUGAAACAGGUGUUUCGACAGCACGCCGCAUUAUUGUGAGUCUUGCUCACGAUCAGAAGACUUGUCUACCCAUCGGUGAGCGCAAGAAAUUGCGAACUAUGUAG